GCAAGAAUACAAGAAUACAAACCGAAAGGAAGCACAGCAUUUCGGGAAACACAUUUUUCCCAGCCGGCUAACAGUGCUUUGUGUGAUUUUUUUGGCUUAAAACAAAGGCUGGAUUCCGGAAAAAAGGCCAAGAGCCAGUGUCAAAAGUGAAGAAACUCAUAAAACAAACAAUUUACGAAGUUAAGAAGUUAGGCGGAGUUAUAAUAGCACUCAUAUGGUAACAGCAAAUUAAAGAAAUGACCCAAAAUAGCUGGCCGCAGUGAACCGAAGCUCGACGUCAACUGGCAGCCAACGCAAGUAAAUGCAAAAGAUCCGAGUCUCAGAUACGCAUCCGCCAGAUACGCCGGCUUUUCCUCGAAUGGGUGCACAACACACGGAUACAGACACCUACUCGUUAAUAGCAGCCAGGGAUCUCAACGCCGAGAAGAGCAGAGCAUUUGCGAUAUCCCCAGCCAAGAUGCCACGCCCCAGCCUCCUCCUCAGCCUCCUCACACUGGGCAGUCUGCUCCUCCUGACGAUAGACGCCAGUCCCGUCUUCGUGGAUAAUCCCAGCUUAGCUCAGUUCCAAUCUGGUCGAAAUAUCCGUCAUCUGCCCUGCAUCGUUCGCAAAUCUGGACGCUCGGGAGUCUGCAUGUUCGCCAUCGAUUGCAUCAAGCAGAAUGGCACGCACCUGGGCACCUGCAUCGAUCGCUUCUACUUCGGAUCGUGCUGUGCGAUGAAGGAGGAGGCCUCGCUCUUCGCGCCCGAGAUCAACGACAACAGCAUCGACCAGAACACCAUUUCCCACUUUGCCCACGAGUCCACCACGCUGCCCACCAGCGCCCUCUUCAAGCUAACCACCGAGAGCAGCUUCUCGAGCAGCAGCAGCAGUGGCAGCAGCAGCAGCGGAGGUGGCAGUAGUAGUGGCAGCACCACCCACCAGCACACCACCAACGAGCUGCUGAAGAACGUCACUCAGUCGUACCUGAGCACCGCUAAGCCAGCACCUGUUCGCACCACCAGUAACGGCAAUAGCACACUCGCCACCACUCGUCGCCCACCGCUGGCCCACACCACCCACAAGAACUCGCACUUUGUGGUGCGCACCACUCUGAAGCCCAAUGUGGUGCAGACGACAACGCUCACACCCACCGUUAAACCACCGCGACGUCGCACCACCACCGCCAAACCGGUGCUAACCACGGCUCCCAUUCUGGUGGAGCAGCGCAUUGAAACCACAUCGGUACCUACGAAAUUCGUGACUUUCCAAAUUGUGGAGACUACGACGCCGGCGGUGACGGAACCCACCCACUUGCAGGAGACGACAACCACCAACAGGCGGCACACAAGGCCAACUGGAAGUAGUUCGGUGGCCAGCAGGACAACCAGUAGAACAACAACCACUAUCAGCACAACGACAACCACGGCAGCACCACCCACCACAGCAACUAGCACAAAAGCAGCGGUAACCACCCAACGUCCGACACCACCGCUGCGCACCACCACCCAAAAGCCCCACAAACCACAUUCCAGUCGGAGGCCAGCGCCAGCGAAAAAGCCAGCGAAUGCGACAACAACCACAGUGAGUGGGUCGCAAUCAACAAGGAAGCCAGUGGAUAGUUUGGCUAGUAGUAGCACCACUGCAAAUGGCACCACAACCAGCACCACAUUGCCAGCCCGCAGGCCAGUCAUUCAGACGACCAGCAGUGUUAGCAGCAGCAGUAGCAGCACCACCAGCUCAACAUCAACAACCACCGGACUCAAGGACGAGCCGACGAAGAACCGCACCACAACAAGACUGCCGGAGCGCACCACCCAAGCUCCGCGACCCAAGCCAAAACCCACUGGGGAAAUUGUCAAGGUGCCCGUUCUACUGGCUGACCAAACAACAACCACCGUAACAACGGACUCAACCAGCAGCAGCAGUCCCUCCGAGACACCACCAAGUAGCACCACUUUAUUGGUAACCAAAAAGAAGCCAACAACCACCACUGCGGCACCAACAACAAGUACUACAACAACCACAACGCCAAAACCCACUCGGAGAACCACAACGAAAGCUCCAACAACAACCACUACAAGAGCUACAACAACCACAACUAAGGCUCCCACAACAACCACCACCACAACAACAACCACACGCAAGCCCCUGGUCACCACUGAGGCACCCACUUUUGCACCCCUAACAACAACCACCAAAAAGACCGGCCUGAUCACCUGGACAGAUGUGGAGGCUGAGCCACCGACCAAUGCCAGCAUUUCAAGCGAUUGGAUCCCACUGGCCUCCCAAACAACAGAGGUGGCGAACAAGACUUCCGACACCACAGCACCACCCAGUGCCACCGACAAAGUGGUCAUCUCGGUGGCCACCAGCGUCAGUGAGGUGGAGAGCCAAGUCCCGCAAAAGACCACGAAGCCGCCGAAAGCCACCAGCACAGCCAAGCCCACAACAACAACAACAACAACAGCAUCGACGACAACAACCACUGCAGCGACAACCACAGUGAAAACCACAGAGGCACCAGCGAGCAGCAUAGAAUUAGCCUCAUCUACAUCAUCUUACACGGAUCUUAGUAGCGAGGUGGCAGCCAGCAGCAGUUCCAGCACCACCAGACCCACCAGCCCCACCAGCCCCAGCAGCACCACCAGCAGCCCGACAACCACAGCUGAAACCACCGAUUAUAGCGGCGAAGAGCCGAACACAACGACCAUCGAGGCUACAGGCAGCACCACCGUGGCACCCGCCAAUGCAUUGGAGGGCGUCGAUUACAAGGAAGUCUGCGGUCGCCGCAUGUUCCCCGAGCCCCGGAUCGUCGGAGGAGCUAAUGCCGCCUUCGGCCGUUGGCCCUGGCAGAUUUCCCUGCGACAGUGGCGCACCUCCACUUAUUUGCACAAGUGCGGAGCCGCUCUGCUCAACGAGAACUGGGCGAUCACGGCGGCCCAUUGCGUGGACAAUGUGCCACCCUCCGAUCUUCUGCUGCGUCUGGGUGAGUACGAUCUGGCGGAGGAGGAGGAGCCCUACGGCUACCAGGAGCGCCGUGUCCAAAUCGUCGCCUCUCAUCCGCAAUUCGAUCCCCGCACUUUCGAGUACGAUCUGGCCCUGCUGAGGUUCUAUGAGCCUGUAGUUUUCCAGCCGAACAUCAUUCCCGUUUGCGUGCCGGACAACGACGAGAACUUCAUUGGCCAGACGGCCUUCGUUACGGGAUGGGGUCGCCUCUACGAGGACGGACCUCUGCCCAGUGUCCUGCAGGAGGUGGCGGUGCCCGUGAUCAACAACACCAUCUGCGAGUCCAUGUACCGAUCCGCGGGCUACAUCGAGCACAUACCGCACAUAUUCAUUUGUGCCGGGUGGAAGAAGGGAGGCUACGACUCCUGUGAAGGUGAUUCCGGUGGCCCCAUGGUGCUGCAGAGGGAGUCGGACAAGCGGUUCCAGCUGGGCGGCGUCAUCUCGUGGGGCAUCGGCUGCGCGGAGGCCAACCAGCCGGGCGUGUACACCCGCAUCUCGGAGUUCCGGGACUGGAUCAACCAGAUUCUGCAGUUCUAGAUCCCGUCCCGACCCGAUCCUUAGUGAAUGCCUAGCACGUCUUCCCCACAAAACGGCAUCGGAAACUGAAUCCAACUGAGACUCGGACUCGUGCUCCGGUUAUGGAGGGAUCAGAUCAGAUCAGAUGGGAGGAUCAGAUCAGAUCAGAUCGGCCAUAACCCGAGCAACGAUUCCAGUUGCCACCAUUUACCUCCACCUGCCCGCACAGCAACCACUGAAGAACCAGAAACUGAUAGCACUUCCAUUGUCAUAAUCGUAAUCUUACUCUUAGCCUACGUUGCCUAGCCUAGCCCUAAAACUAGUUAGUGAAUGUGAUCCCGAUGAGAUCACUGUUGCAGUCACGGCUCUCGUAACGUAUUAACCGAUUGGACCCUAAUUUAUUCCCAUUUGCUGUACAUAAUUUUCUAAAUUAUUGCAUAACAUUUACACGUAGCUUUAGUCCUAUACAAUAUUAAUUAAGGGGACUCGGCGGCGGUCGGGUCCUUUGGUAGGGCAUAUUAUCACGUAAGUCGCUUCUCCCCGAACCGAACCAUGCGGCAGAAGCUAUUGUAAUUUUAUUUUAUAACGUACUGUAAUUAUUUAUUUAUAGCAGCUCAUG